AGAUUGAACGCGGCCGUCGCACAGACAAGUGGCGAAAUUGUACGCUGACCGUUCAGGUGUCCUAUUCACCUGGUCUUAUAGGCGUUCUCUAUUGAAAGGAUUACGAAAGAUGGAGGAUGAUAGUAGUAGAUUAUGCGUUCGGAUAGGAAACGCAGAUAAAUGGAUAACUGGCUUAACGAAGAGAACGACAUGUGAUGACGUUAUAUACGCUCUGUUGAAACAUACGAAGAAGGACGGCGAUGAUUUAUGGUCCUAUUCAAUGUUUGAAAGGUGGAGGGGAGUUGAGAGACAAUUGAGUGGUAGAACAAAAGUUUUAAAGGUAUGGAGAGCUUGGGGCGAUCAGAGGCAUUCAGUGAAAUUAUACGUUAGAAAGAGGAGUUCAUAUAGUAGUUCAAAACGUCAUAAACGACGGCAACCACUUCAAGUUCAUAGAGUUGUUGGCCGCAUAAUAGAACAAGAGAAGCAAAUACAAGAUCAAAUGGAGCGUUUGGAACGUCUCGACAAUCAAAUAGAUAAAUACGAGACGAGAUCUCAUCUGAAAAGAAUGCAAGAAGACGGUAACAACUACGUUCAAAACUCGUAUUGGAGAUCUUCGUCGUCGUCCUCUGACGAACGUGGCGAUUGCCUCUUUCCCUGUAUAAAGUCGGCCGAUUUACAAGCCUACGAACGAAUGUGUGACAGUUUAAUAAAAUUACAAAAGCGAAUCGAUAAUGAACAAUCAAAAUUUGAAAAUUUGGCCACCAGCGUCCUAAACGAAAACCUGCAUUAUCAAUUAGAAAAAUGUUGUAGUUUGAAUAGUGAGCAAGCACGUCAAUUAGAAGAUGUCGAAUCGAAUUUAUCUUUUUAUUCUGAAGAGUUAAGUAGGAAAAAGAGUUUCUUAAGAAUUUUAGAAGAAGAAUUGAACCGAGAUAACAAAUCAGCAGAUAACGAUUCAGAUACAGGCUUAAGCUCUUUACAUAGCGACGCCGAAACGACCCCAAAUAUUCGCCCCCUCUUAGAGACGCUUGUCUGA